AUGCCCAUGCUCAAUCCAACAUCUUUUGAGGCGGCUCAAAAGUCUGCAGCAGCAGCUGCACUGCACCGCCACUCCACAGUCUUUAAGCUUAUGCCCAUGCUCAAUCCAACAUCUUCUGCCAUCCCCUUGUUCCUGCUGCUCCUCAUUUCUCCCUCCUGCUUUCCCCACUUCUCUCCCUCUUCCCUCCCUUCCAACUCCCCCUCCCCGCGAAACCCCACUUCCAACCUGAAAUUCCAAACACCUCAAGUCCAUACUUCUCGUCGCCUGUCCCUUCUGUUUCUCUUCGCUGCCCCCAUUCCCUCCCCUCCCUCGUUUUCACUUCCCCCCAUCCCCUCGAGCUCACCCAUUCCAUCCUGCUUCCGCCUUUUCCCCCCAUCACACGGACCUCUGCCUUUGAAGAAGCUAGAUCUACUAUCACAAGCAUACCACACCACACCGCAUCCCACCAUUCUGGUGCAGGAGGAAGGGUCGCCAUGUUACCCACCCUCCCCUGCUUGCCAUGGCAGCGAGCUCAACGGCAACCACUUCUCAGGCUCCAUCCCCCCUGCGAUCUUUACCCUCACCCAAGUCACCAUCCUGGGCAUGAGGAGUAACGCGCUCACAGGCGACAUCCCAGCCAGCAUUGGCUCCCUUGCAUCGAUCCUCGUCCUCGAUCUGAGUGACAACUCGCUCACGGGCACCGUGCCAGCGGUCAUGGGCAAGCUAGCCAAGCUUGACGAGAUCAAUGUGAACUCCACAGGCCCGUCCAAGGUGCUGUGUGCGGCAGCGGGUGUGUGUGUGGUCAACCAGGUUGCCACCUCUGCCUUCUGCAAGAAGUGCACCACCUUCUGCAAAGUCUGCACGCCCCCUGGAAAUAACACUAACCCCGCCGCGGUGCCUACCCCUGCUGUUCCUGUUCCUCCUGUUCCUGCUCCGACCGCCACUCCCCCAGUCGCCUCUCCCCCCCCGCCUGCUCCUUCCCCCACCACAGCUGCACCACCGCCUGCUCCUGUCACAGCUUCCCCUUCCACCCCCACUGCUUCCCCACCUCCUCCUGCUGCUGCACCUGGCGCACCUGCCGCCACGGUACCUUCUCCUCCGCCUCCCCGUGCUGGAGCUAUUUAUGGCGUUGGCUUCGGCACGCUGCUGGCCUCCCUGGUGUCGGCAAUGGCGCUGGACUUGCUGCUGUAG